UGCCGCCCUUUGGGCCUGAAACCCAGGAGCCCAGAGCCACACACCCUCGGCUCCCGGCCCCUGGCUCCGGCCCCGGGCCCGCCCAGAGAGCGACGGACUACAGAGUCCCCACGCCCUCGGCUGCCGGCCCUCGGGCUCCCGCCCCUGGCCCGCUCCGCGCACUCUCUGGGUCCCGUGGGCUCCGGGAAGGGAGGUGGAGCGGCUGGGCCGGGGGCGGGGCGGCGGCCGCGGCCGUGAGCCCGCCCCGCGCUCGCCCUCCGCUUGGCCGGCUGGCGCGACCAUGGAGGUCUACAUCCCGUCCUUUCGCUACGAGGAGAGUGACCUGGAGCGGGGAUACACGAUCUGCAGUGAACUCCUCCACUGAAGUCUUGGACCUCUCAGAGUCAUCCAUGAAGGGUUGGAAUCAACUUCUUCCAAACAUCUGGUGUUUAAGAUAGAAGUGCUAAUGAAUGGAAGAAAACAUUUUGUUGAAAAAAGGUACAGCGAAUUUCAUGCCCUGCACAAAAAGCUUAAGAAAUGUAUUAAAACUCCAGAAAUCCCUUCCAAACAUGUUCGGAACUGGGUCCCAAAAGUCUUGGAACAACGACGACAAGGUUUGGAAACGUAUUUACAGGCUGUCAUUUUAGAAAAUGAAGAACUUCCCAAACUGUUUCUUGAUUUCCUAAAUGUGCGACAUUUGCCCUCUCUACCAAAGGCAGAGAGCUGUGGAUCUUUUGACGAGACAGAAUCUGAAGAGUCAAGCAAACUGUCCCACCAGCCGGUGCUGCUGUUCCUCAGGGAUCCAUACGUCUUGCCUGCAGCCAGCGAUUUUCCAAAUGUGGUUAUUGAAGGAGUUCUCCAUGGGAUAUUUUACCCUCAUCUACAGCCCAGGUAGAAAUCCUCCAUGCCUAGAAGAAGCUGAAGCAAGUUUCGCAGUCGUAGUCAAGGAAAUCGAUACCUACCAAAUUAACCUAAACUCUAUGACAUAAUGGCUCUCGCUAGUGGUAAAAUUCACAGCAGCAGCUUAAUUCAGAGCAGGGACAUUUCCAUUAGAAUGGUGCUUUUAAAAAUAGAAACUGAACCAGGGCGGUGCUGAGGUUAAGGCCAAGUGUUUAAGAAGUAGAAUGUAGCUGCCAAUUUAGAAACCCAGGAAAAGAAAGCUAAAGAAGAUCUUUGGGAGCUCCGAGUGUAGCAAAACAGUUACUGUCUGCUUCAGUCACACCAUUUGCUAAUUGAAAAUCUUAUCCCGAAUCAUAGUGAGACUGAUCAACUUUGGUAGCUGUUUUGUUCAGAUUUUAUGACACACUAAUCUUUUCAUCAUGAGAUUUUUCUCUGCCAGUGAUGGAUAACAUUCUGAAGUGCUGGCACCAGGAGAGCAUCACAGAAACACACUGUGCCAAAUGUGAGGAAGGGACUAAACUGGAAAUGAAAUUAUACUGACAAUAUUAGGGCAUUUUUAAAAUCAUGGCAUUUUAAUUUACAUUACAGUGGAGCUGCGUCAUAUGCAGGGGUUAGCUUCUAAUGUCGGCACAUAAGAUAAAAUGGGGUCUCAAGAUUAUCCUUGAAAGCCCUUUAGAAUGGUGCCAUAUUGGAAAUCUCCAUCCACGACAGCCGGUUUUUCCUCCAGUGUUGGAAGAGGUAACUGUUUCUUCCGUUGAAGACCAAUUGAAGUUGUUGGUGUUUAGGGGCUAUUUUGUAGAAAAAAACACAUAACUUUAAACACUAGAAUGAUACUUAGCCUUGCAAGAUGCUUGCCCUCUAAGAGACAGAUAUGAACUUACAGUGACUGAGGGAACACCAGACUGACAACACUCAUCAUGGUUUACUUGAGGGCAUCCAUUCAUUGAAUAGGUGGUACAUAAUUGCCAGAUUGAUUGUUAUUUUCCUUAUUCCUUAUUGUUUCCUUUUCACUGAUCUCAUGUACUGAAUUAAAUUAAAUGUGUUUAUGAUAUAACUCCACUGUACAUCUUACAGACAUUCAGAUUUUGAGUAGUAAAGGAUAAAAGCAUAUAUGCAGCCUGUAUAUAUGUGCCAUAUUUGGACAUUUCCUUGAAAACCAGUUAAUAGCUAGACUAUUUAUGGUUAUUAGUUAAUAAGCUUCUGUGCGGGAGAAAAAUAUUUAGAUAUAAAACUAAUAAUUAAAUCAUGGUUUUUGAUUAGAAUCUAAAUAUACAGGUUUAAAGCUUGCUGCAGACUCUUAGAGAUUUAUUUAAGAUAGAUGUGUUACUACAUGCUGGAAAUAAGCAAGAACUAAAUAAUCAAGUGUCAUCAACCAAAAAUGACUGAAUAGUCAAGUGUUGGAGAUAUUUUCUAAAUGUUUUUGUUAUUAGCUAUUUUGAGUUAAAUAAAAAUGAAGAACAAGAAGUGUUUGGAUAUGUCUUGUACUGCCAGGAUUUUAUUGGAAACAUAAAUUGUGUCUUGUCUCUUUAUACACACACACACACACACACCUACACACACACCUUCUCACAUAUUCAUAUAGACAUUUACUUCUAAUCUGACAAGGUAACUGUUAAAUACCUCAUCUAUUAAGCCAAUAGGUACUCAUUAAGUAGUUGAUUUACCAAGAUAGAUAGUGAGGGUUUUUAAAAAAAAUAAAGCCCAAGAAUCUUUGGUAGCACACUGCUCAAGAACUUUGGUGGCACUACUACUCUUUUUUGAGAAUUGAAUUUUUUUUUUAGUGAUGACUUUCUAAUUUUUAUUU